AUGGAUGAGCAAGAAGGUAGUGAAGAAAACAAAUUAAGCCAAGAAUGUAAGGAGUUAAUUAUCUCUCUUCCAAGAGAGAAGGGUUGGAUAACACCUUGUCUCUAUUUAUUCCAAGGCUUUUGGCAUUCAUCAACUGAAAUCCAAGCCAUAAAAACUUUUCAAAAUCACUUCCAAGCUAAAGACAAUGAUAUUAUUGUUGCUAGUGUUCCAAAAUCAGGCACCACUUGGUUGAAAGCCCUUACCUUUGCCAUUGUCAGACGCCAAUAUUUUCGUUCCUUAGAGAACCACCCAUUACUUGUUUUCAAUCCCCAUGAACUUGUGCCUCCAUUUGAAUUUGUCAUUUACGAUGAAACUAAUAGCCAAAUUCAUGAGCUUUCCAAAAUGCCUGAGCCAAGACUUUUUGGUACUCAUGUUCCAUUUACUUCACUGCCCAAAUCAAUUAAAGAGACUAAUUGUAAGAUCAUUUAUAUUUGCAGAAACCCAUUUGACACUUUUAUAUCUACCUGGGUUUUUGUCAACAAAAUUAUGCCAGAGUUUUGCCCUACAUUAUCUCUGGAGGAAGCAUUUGAAAGGUACUGCAAAGGGAUAAUUGGAUUUGGUCCAUCUUGGAACCAUAUACUAGGUUAUUGGAGAGAGAGCAUUGGUAAACCAGACAAGGUUUUGUUCUUAAUGUACGAAGAUAUUAAAGAAGAUGCUAUUUUGAAUAUGACAAAAAUAGCAGAAUUCUUGGGUUGUCCUUUCAGUAAAGAAGAGGAAAGUAGUGGAGUGAUUGAAAAUAUAAUGAAGUUGUGUAGUUUUGAGAAUAUGAAGGAAUUGGAGGUAAACAAAUUUGGAAGCAUGGGCAAAGACAGGAUAGUUCAGAAUAAGUAUUUCUUUCGGAAGGCAGAAAUAAGAGAUUGGGUAAAUUAUCUCUCCCCUUCCAUGGUUGAAAAAUUAUCCAAAAUCAUAGAGGAAAAAUUAAGUGGAUCGGGUCUAUCAUUUCGAAUUUGA